AUGGCUCAUUCGCGCACGGGCGGGCGGGCGCGCAGUGGGCACGCGGGCCGCCAGGGGGUGCUGUCGGGGCGCGCACGGCCCUGCGGGCGCCGGGGCGCGGGCGAGCGCAGCCAGGCCGCCCGGGAACUUUUUCCUCCCGCUCCCCCUGCGGCCCCCACGCCGAGCCGCUCCCGCCUCUGUGCACAGGGGAGAGCGUUUCCCGCGGUCACAGGCAGCCCGUCCGGGUGCGCGGCCAGGGCCGGGUCCCGGUGCCGCCCCGCCCGCGGCUGGGCCGGGAGAGGCGGACUGGAGCGCGGGCGGCGCGGCCGGGAGGCGAGCGGAGCAGGCCGCCCACUGCGGCCCGAGCGCCGGCGCGAGGAGGGGGCGCGCGGCCCCCCUCCUUCCUGCCCGCGCGCGGCGGGCGGCGGCCGACCCGGACCCCAUGGCUUCCCGGGCCUCGGGGCCGCGAAGCCGCAGCGCCAGGCCCAGGGCCCCCGAGUGAGCGGCGCGAGGACCUCCGGCUGCCGAGUUCUGGAAGAAGCGAAGGGGAGCGGGCGUGCGCGGAGGAGGAGACUGCCUGGGGAAGGGAGACGGCGAGACGCGCAGCGCCGGCGCUGGGAGACCCGGGAGGAGCCCGCAGAGCCUGUAACCAGCCCCACGGAGCCGCCUCCCCGCCCGCCAGGGCACCCUCGGCGCCACUUCCGGAGACCGCUUGAGCGGCACCUGCUUGGCUCGGAGGAGGAGCAGGAAUCCAUCGCAGCAGCCCUGGCCUCUCCUCCCGUGGCCCCGGCAGGGCUGGGCAGCUGAAGCCCCCAAGGCCCUGGCCUUCUGGAGACACGUGACCCCAUGGCUUUCCCCUCAGGCCCCGUCUCCCCUCCGUCCAAGGUGGCAGGUGUGGAGCUCCCAUCCAUGCCUCUGAGCCGCCUCCCUCGCCCCCACCUCAUCUCUCCCUUUCCAGAGACAUUAUAAAUCAAACA